AUGGACUCCCCUCUCGCCGUCUUUUCCUACGCCGGCGCCGGGGCACUCCUCGUGGCCGGCACCCUCUACUGUUUGUUCGCCUUCCUCCUCGGCCCCGUGGAGAAGAACAGCAAUCCCGCCGUGAAUCUCUCAGGCGGGUCCGCCGGGAAUGUGAGGUACAAGUACGAGCAGUACUGGUCGAUCUUCUGCCGCCCGAGGGAGACCGUCGGAGUCGCCGACAAGGUCCCCGACUUCGUCGACACGUUCUACAACCUCAUCACCGGCAUUUACGAGUGGGGAUGGGGCCAGUCUUUCCACUUCUCGCCACCUGUCCCGGGGAAAUCGGACGGCGAGGCAAGCAAGCUCCACGAGCUGAUGAUCGUGGAUCUCAUCGGGGCCGGGCCGGGGGAUCGGAUUUUGGAUGUCGGAUGCGGCAUUGGUGGGCCAAUGAGGACCAUUGCGGCCCACUCGGGAGCCAACGUUGUUGGGAUCACCAUAAACGAUUAUCAGGUAACUUCGUCUCUGAAAUUUUAUAAUCGACAAUUCAUCUUGUACUAG